CACACACACACACACACACACACACACACACACACACCCGAAAAGUCCGUUUUUCCGCAUGUCACCGAGUUUCAGGAGAACAUUUGCGUAAUGACGCAGCGUUGAACUCCGGAUGAGGACAGGUAUAACAAGACUACAGGUGGGUGCUCGGGUGACUGAAGUCCACGCCCACUUGGAGACACAGAGGGGGAGGGGUCAGCCUACUUUCACCUGUGAGAAUCAUUCGGCCAGGUGUCAUGGAUGGACGCGCGUGAAUGGCACCACUUCAGCGCGUCUGUGCGUCCUGAGAACCAAAGAGGCACGAYUGAUUAGAUAAUGAAUCGGCUAGACGAGUGGAGCUUCAAGUCCAAGAAAAUGGACCUAGAGGAGGACUUCUACUUCGACUACGGAGCGGAGGAAAUGACAGAUUACCAGGACCCCUCUGAACUCCUGGCUGCUCUGAAACAAAAGGAGGAAGAGGUUAUUUUGGCAGCGCAGCUGGGAAACGCGUUACUCCUGGAAAACCGUCAGUUGAAGGAGCAGAGCCAGAAGGUCCAUGAGCAAUACGCAGACAGACUGGAGGAGCUGGAGCAGGAGCGGCACGAGCUGCGAGUGAAGCUGGAGGGCUGCCGGUCCCAGUGGGAGAGCCAGGUGGGGGAGCUGGAGAAGGACGUGAGGGAGCUGAGCGGCCAGGUGAGGCAGCUGACCCGGGCGCUCGGCGAGGCCGAGAGGGACAAGAGCCGAGUCCAGCUGGAGCACGGCGAGCAGACCCAACGCCUCAGGGAGGAGCUCAGCUCUGCGAUGGAGGUGGAACGAGUGGUGUCCACCGAACUCCAGGCUCUGAAACAGGAUUUGAGACAAAAGGGAAGCCACAACAGGGAGCAGGACGAGGAGCUGAUCAGUGCCAUGAGGGAACAGGUAUUACGACUAACGCAGAAGGAGCAGACGCUGGAGCAGCGUUUGGAGAUYGUGUCUCAGGAAAACGCGGAGCUCCGAGCGAGUUUGAUCUCCUURCAGGCGCGUUUAGAUCUGCAUGAUCAACUGAACCAGCAGCAAAAGCAGCAGUUAGUCGAGGCGCUGCAGGAGGCGGAGGUGGCGCGGGGCCGCUCCCAGCAGCUGCAGGCUCAGGUGGAGGGGCUGCAGGAGGAGGUCACCUUGCAAGAAUCCAGGAGCCACUUGGACGCCUCCCUGCAGUCCGAGCUGGAGACGGCGGAUUUAGGAGUCAGCAAAGCAGAGAUGGCACAAGAAAUGGGUUCCAUCCUCCAGUUACUCCUCCCUCUGACCCAGGUCCUGAACAGCUCAGAGAGGUCAGAGGUCGUGGAUGAACCGGAGGACCUGCAGGCCAUGCUGCACCAACUGAAGGGAGUGGCUCAAAAUCUGGCAAAGACGUCCAACUCUGAGGAGGUGAAUCUGGGUUUUGUGGACAGGACGGCCGAUCACUGUGGGAAUCUGAGCGCAGCCCGGGAGCUGAGAGAUCAGAACCUCCAGCUGCAGCAGGAGAAUGCCAAGUUAUUGCAAAAGCUGCAGAACAUACAAGAUCAGACCGACUUUGUUCAACAAGCUGUUAAAGACCGGGAUGAAGCUAUAGCCAAGAAAAACCUGAUGGAGGUCGAGUUGCUGAGAAGCAAACAGGACAUGAUGUGUUUGAACAACCAGUUAUUAGACGCAAUCCAUCGUAAGCUGGAGCUGUCCCAGGAGCUGGAGGCCUGGCAGGACGACAUCCAAAUCGUCAUCAACCAGCAGCUGAAGUCUCAGCAGCAGUCGGAGAAGCCUCCGAAGAAGGCCGCCUCCAACGGUUUGUCCUUCUUCAGCAGGCCCAGCAGACAGCUCUCCACCUGGACGCGCCAGCCCUCCUCUUCCUCCUGCAGUUCAGACACUAACCAGGACAAAGUCCAGUCCCCCUGGAAGGACUGGCUAAAACUGGGCAAAGGGGCACAGUACGGCAAAUAACGAUUGUCCCCUCAUUACUGGA